AUGGAUAUCCACGGCCAGAGAUGGAAGUCGGCGGACGAUAUGCAGGUGGUGCUGUACCGUCGAUCACUGGCAUCACGCUUUUCUUUUCACAAAAAAGGUCCGUCUUCGGAUCCAACAAGCUCUUUGCCGAUUGCAAUAAGAACACAAGGAGCAACGGCGCUGCUGAGUAACCCGCCGUUGAACAAAGAUGGCGUGCUUUCAUAUACCUCCAUGUCUCUCGCUUUUUUACACUAUCGAGAAAAGGAGUUAAAGCAUGAAUGGCCCCUGGUGGAGUCGGCCUUCCAAGAGCAUGGCAUGUCAUGCAAACUCAAUCUGGAUGAGGGUACCCUAACAGUCGCAACAACCCCAAAGACCAGGGCUGCAGAUAUCAUCAACAAGGCUAGGGACCUCCUUGUUCUUUUGGCUUUGCUUCCUGUUCCACCAUCAGCGGCCGUCGACAUACUGAGUGGCAAGCGGCUUUAUGACAUCAUCUGGACUUGCGAUUCUAAUGGUGGUCUUGCCUCUCAACUUCCCUUGCCGAGUCGGAUGCGUUAUUUUUCACGGAUGAGAAAGCUUCGCCGCAGCAUCAAGGACCUUAUGUGUCUAACUGGUUGCCCCAUCUUCUAUAAUCUGGGAAUUUGUGUCGUUGUCUUUGGCCAUCAACCUCGAUCAUUAGUGCUGGUCAGGAACGUUGUGUCAUCCUGCAUUUUUUACAAUCAAGAUCCUGCAACUAUUAUCAGAUUGAUAACCUUGGGUCGUCAAAGGAACGCACAGUCGACAGUCAAUCUUGAGAUGGACGCUUAUGGGUUUGAAACUGCUCCCGGAGCAGAUAUUACAUUCUGUAUUGCCGACUACAUGUCCAAGGCACCAGUACUUGAAUACCAAAAGUUGGAGCGUGUGAGGAAGAAGUAUCUAUUUGGCCCUUCGGUGAACAAAGAUGGAAUGUUUGUGUGUGGUUCAUACUUCCUUAAAAAGCGAGAACGAGAUGUUGUAGAAGCUUGGCCAAUGUUAAAAUCGGUUUUAGAAGAGUGUGGCAUUACUUGCACGAUGUAUCAGGCUGAGCAUUUCAUGACAUUGUCCACAACCAGUUUGACUAAGGAUCCAGAGUUUAUUAUUCACAAGGCCAGGGAUGCUCUUGAACUUCUGUCGUUAACUUGUGUUCCACCAUCAAUGGUAACGAAAGUAUUGAAUGGCGAUCUGCAUUUUGACAUCAUCAAGACUGGGUAUUUUAAUGGCGGUUUUCUCUCCCAACAUAAGAUUGACAAGAAGCUAUUUUCGAAGCGGCGUAGAGUUCUUGCGCCUUACUUAAAGGAACUUGCACAGCUAUCGGGUUGCAAGAUAUAUGCUGAUGGAUGGGCUAUUACUGCUAUGGGAGGUGAACAUCGAGGACUGAAGGUUAUCAGGAAGGGUGUGACACGCUGCCUUGUUGACAAUUGGAGACCUAGUAGUAUGAUUCGGUAUGUGAAGUUGAGUCUUGAUAGGAGGAAGAUGAAGGUGAAAGGGGAAUCUUGCAUGAACAUGGUGAUUUAA